CCUUCUCUCUCCUUGUCCCUCUUAUUCCAUUCUCUGGCUCCCAAUGAAAGCCGAGUCAGAGACAGACGCUUCCCCUUGACUCCCAGUGCCUCCCAUGGGGGCCCCUCCUUGGCUGCAUCCGUUAGUCACUCCCCCCACCCUCGUGGGGCGGGAGCCCAGGGCAGCCCGGAGGCCGGGGGGAGGGGGUGGACUUUUGGCCCAUUCCGUUUAUUCCCUCCAUCGCCUCGUCAACAGCUGCCGCACGCUCUUAGCUCAUUCCUCCGACCAACCUGCGGGGAAGCAGAGAGACCCAGAGAGAGGAGACAGAAACCGGGAGACAGACCUGCGGGGAAGCAGAGAGAGCCAGAGAGGGAAGGAGACAGAAACCAGGAAACAGACCAGAGCGAGGCCGAAGCCGAGGCUGCAGGUGGCCUUCUGCCCUCCCCCUCCCUCUCUCUCCCGCCUGCCUUAACAGCCCUCCUUAGCCAAAGCCGCUUCACCUUCCUCCGGGGCUCAGCCCCUUCCCCUCUCUGGGGCCCCAGGCGCCCCUCAGGGCCUGCGUCCCACCAUGUCGGUGGCUGUGGAGACCUUCGGCUUCUUCAUGGCAGCCCUGGGGCUGCUGAUGCUGGGGGUGACCCUGCCAAACAGCUACUGGCGAGUGUCCACCGUGCAUGGGAACGUCAUCACCACCAACACCAUCUUCGAGAACCUCUGGUAUAGCUGUGCUACCGACUCCCUCGGAGUCUACAACUGCUGGGAGUUCCCGUCCAUGCUGGCCCUCUCUGGGUACAUCCAGGCCUGCCGGGCGCUCAUGAUCACCGGCAUCCUCCUGGGCUUCCUGGGCCUCUUCCUGGGCAUGCUGGGGCUGCGCUGCACAAACAUUGGCAGCAUUGAGCUCUCCAGGAAAGCCAAGCUGGCGGCCACCGCAGGGGCCCUACACAUACUUGCUGGUGUCUGCGGCAUGGUGGCCAUCUCCUGGUACGCCUUCAACAUCACCCGGGACUUCUUCAACCCCUCGUAUCAAGGAACCAAGUACGAGCUGGGCCCCGCCCUCUACCUGGGCUGGAGCGCCUCGCUGCUCUCCAUCCUGGGCGGCUCCUGCCUCUGCGCUCACUGCUGCUGCGCCCCCGAUGAGGACCCCGCCGCCAGGGCCCGGCCUCCCUACAAGGCCUCCGCGCUGCGCUCCGCCAGCCUCGCUGCCCGCCUGUCCCCCACGGCCGCGGAUGAAGAAGACAGCAGCUUUGGCAAAUACGGGAAAAACGCUUACGUGUAGGAGGCCCGGCCUGUGGACCCCAUUCCCUUCCCACUGCCCCCAGCGGAGAGGGGUCCCCGGAACCCGGGCCGCAGGCACCGGCCCACGCUCCUUGUAACAACCUCAGGGGCAGACCGCGCCCCAGGCCCCGCCCCGUGCUCGGAAGCCAGGCCCAGCUGUGGCCGCACCGCGGGUCCCGUCUCUCCUAUGGGAGCUCAGCCCCGGACACGCCUCCUGCGUUUGGCCAAGAACCCGUCUCCUGAGAACUCACCUCGGACUCCUAAGGUCGGACCCCUCUUUUUCUUCUGAGUCUAGGCUCUGGGUGGUUAAGGGGGCCGAGCUGUCCCCGAUUGUUUGUAUUCUAUAUAAAUACAUACAUAAAUAAAUUUGUAUUGUGAACCGUC